GAAUGGGACUGAGGUGGAAGGAAAGCAGGAUCAAGGUCAGCCUGGGCUCUUACUGAGACCUGUGCUAACUAGUUAAACUGAAGCCUAUUUACUCCAGAAUCCUGCUGCAGCAUGACAGGCAUGUUUGUGGACAGAAUUCUGGAACACAGGAACAUUCCGUUUAGUGGUCUGGAAUCUGGCAGUAUGACUUUAGGAGUAUACAGAGGAAACCCGGAGAGUGACAACAGAUGAUCACCAUGUUUGGUUACUAGCAAUCACACAUGUUUGUAUCUGAAUUUGAAAAUGGCAGAGGGAAACAACAAAGAGGAGGUCAUUCACUUGAACAACUUUCCCUGCCACCGGGGAAAGGAAUGGAUGGCUGUCAGAGAGGGGCCCAUCACCAUAUCUGACUCCUCUGAUGAGGAAGGGAUUCCAAUGCUGGUUACCCCAGCUACAGAGCAACAGGAAGACGACCUGGAUGAUGAUGUCAUCCUGACAGAAACACAUAAACCUCAGACAUCCCGGCCCAAUCUCAUCAAACCAGCUGCCCAGUGGCAAGAUCUGAACAGAUUGGGAGAAGAAAGGCCUAGAAAAUCUAGAGCAGACUUUGAAGCAGAUAUCCACAACUAUUUUUCCUUUUGUAACAACUCAUUGUUUGGUUCUGGGGCACAGGAUGAUUCUGAGGAUGAAUAUGGUGGAUUUCUGGAUCUUGAGAGUGGCAAAAAAGAGGGAGAAGCCAAACCUGGACCAAGCAGUAAGCAGACAGCAGACGAUAUUGUCAACCCCAGAUUGGAGCAGAAAGUCAUUAUAUUGGGAGAAAAUGGUCUUCUUUUCCCAGAAAGUGAGCCUUUGGAAGUUCAGAACCAAUCAUCCGAAGACUCAGAGACAGAGCUCUUAUCAAAUCCUGGAGAGCCAGCUGCCUCAGUAGAUGACCAGCUAAUUGGAGAAGAGUACUGGCUUGACCAUCCAUACUUCCAGGCUCCGAAUCCACAGCCUCAGGAAAGAACAAACCAGGUUGUGCCCCAAGAGCGACAUUCUGAAUCAGAAAUGGGCCCAAUGUUUUUCCGCCAUGAUUUCCCAGAGCCAGCUUUUCCAAGGCCAGAACCCCAGCAGGAGGGGAUUCCAGGCCCUGCUUCUCCACAGCCAGCCCAUCCUCUAGGAGAGCUUGAAGACCAGCAGUUAGCAAUUGAUGAAGACCCUGGGCCAGCCUUCCCCCUGUCAGGACCUCAGGAGGCCAACUUGGCAAACAUGUGGGAACAAGAAGCUGCUGAGGUAGAUCAAGACCUCAUUCCACUGUUAGUGAAAGAAACGGAAGCAAGAUUUCCAGAUGUAGCAAGUGGAUAUGUUGAAGAAAUAAUUCAUUUGAAAAAUUACUAUGAUUUGAAUGUACUUUGUAAUUUUCUUCUGGAAAACCCAGAUUAUCCAAAGAGAGAAGACCGGCUUAUUAUCCACCCCAGCAGCAGCCUGCUUGCCAGCCAGGAUGACGCGAAGUUGCCUAAAAUAGACUUUUUUGACUAUUCCAAAUUGACUCCACUUGACCAGCGCUGCUUCAUCCAAGCUGCUGACCUCCUGAUGGCUGAUUUCAAGAUGCUUAGCAGCCAGGACAUCAAGUGGGCCCUUCAUGAGCUCAAAGGACACUAUGCAAUCACCCGAAAGGCCUUUUCCGAUGCCAUUAAGAAAUGGCAGGAGUUGUCACCUGAAACCAGUGGAAAACGGAAAAAGAGGAAAGAAAUGAAUCAGUAUUCUUUCAUAGAUUUCAAGUUUGAACAAGGAAACAUAAAAAUAGAAAAGAGGAUGUUCUUUCUGGAAAACAAGCGUCGACACUGUAGGUACUAUGACCAUCAGGCCCUCCUUCCAGCUGUGAAACAGGAGCAGGAAUUCUAUGAGCAGAAAAUUAAAGAGAUGGCAGAGCAUGAAGACUUCUUGCUCGCCCUGCAGAUGAAUGAAGAACAGUAUCAAAAGGAUGGCCAGCUGAUUGAAUGCCGCUGUUGCUAUGGGGAGUUUCCAUUUGAGGAGCUGACACAAUGCGCCGAUGCUCACUUGUUCUGCAAAGAAUGUCUCAUCAGAUAUGCCCAGGAGGCAGUGUUUGGAUCUGGAAAGUCAGAACUCAGCUGCAUGGAAGGCAGCUGCACGUGCUCCUUCCCAACCAGUGAGCUGGAGAAGGUGCUCCCCCAGACCAUUCUGUACAAAUACUAUGAACGGAAAGCUGAGGAAGAAGUCGCUGCAGCCUAUGCUGAUGAGCUUGUCCGGUGCCCCUCCUGCAGCUUCCCUGCUCUGUUGGACAGCGAUGUGAAGAGGUUCAGCUGCCCCAACCCACGCUGCCGAAAGGAGACCUGUAGGAAGUGUCAGGGACUCUGGAAAGAACACAACGGCCUCACCUGUGAAGAGCUGGCAGAAAAGGAUGACAUCAAGUACCGGACAUCCAUUGAAGAAAAAAUGACUGCUGCUCGGAUUAGAAAAUGUCACAAGUGUGGAACUGGCCUCAUCAAGUCUGAAGGCUGCAACCGCAUGUCUUGCCGCUGUGGUGCCCAGAUGUGCUACCUCUGUCGAGUUUCUAUCAAUGGCUAUGACCAUUUCUGCCAGCAUCCUCGCUCUCCAGGAGCCCCUUGCCAAGAAUGUUCCAGGUGCUCCCUGUGGACCGACCCCACUGAAGAUGAUGAAAAGCUGAUUGAGGAAAUCCAAAAGGAGGCCGAGGAGGAACAGAAGAGAAAGAAUGGAGAGAACACCUUCAAACGCAUCGGGCCCCCACUGGAGAAGCCAGCUGAGAAGGUGCAGCGUGUGGAAGCCCUGCCGCGGCCUGUCCCACAGAACCUGCAUCCUCAGAUGCCGCCCUAUGCCUUUGUUCACCCACCCUUCCCCCUGCCACCUGUGCGGCCCGUGUUCAACAACUUCCCCAUCAACAUGGGUCCUGUGCCCGCUCCCUAUGUCCCCCCUCUGCCCAACGUGCGUGUCAACUAUGACUUUGGCCACAUGCACGUGCCCCUGGAGCACAACCUGCCCAUGCACUUUGGCCCCCAACCACGGCAUCGCUUCUGACACCCAAAGCCCUGUCAGCCGUGCCGAGUCUGCAGGAGGGCCCAGUCUCAUCUUCUGAGUAGGGGUGAAGGCCUCCAUUCCCUCUCGAAAGUGGACGCGUGUCCUCCUGCUCUUACCUUUGCAAGGUCCAUGCUCCUUCAGGUCUGAUGCCCUCUGGGUGCUGAUUGUCACUGGGCCAAUUAUAGGGCAGCUCCCUAGUCUGCCAUCUUAGCAGCCAAUCCAGUGGCCCUGACCAUGAAGCAAGGCCUCUAAUCGUUUGCCAUACUUCCUCCCCAGCAGCCCAAUGAAAGCCCAGGGGGAAAUGGCCUACCAUCCCUAAGCCAGGGCUCUCUCCUUGUUGCCCAAGGCCCACUUAGGUCCAAGAGCCUCCGAGAAUCUGUGGCGCGAGUUUUGUUCUGUUGUUAUCUAAAGAGGUUGCUCCUAUUCAUGUAGUUUGAGCUGAAGUUUUUUUUGUGGUCUACUCAUGCGUGUCCCUAUCCGUGGAAAGUCAGGUUGAAAGUAUUUCCCCAGGGCUGGCAACUGCUGAGAGCCAGAAGUCCUGACACUUGCCAUCAAACAAAAGGGCCCUUUAGGAAGCUGUCAUUUAUUCCCAGGUGGGCCCUGUUCUGGGGUGAGCAGCUUCUUUCUCCUAAGGUGUUGGGGGUUCCCUGGCAGUGCAGAUGACCUCAUGGAGCUGCUACAGUCAUCACAGCAACCCUGCUGCCUGCUCCCCGUCCCUCACUAGUUAGCAGUGGGUGCACACAGGAGAGCUCCCAGCUCCUGUGUGAUGAGAGUCCAGGCCUGCACAGAGCCUUUGCCAUGUUCCCAGUGCCUGUGUCCCCUCCUGUCCAGACCAGGCUUUUGUCCUCCAGCGUUUGCUGAGCAGGACCGGCAGCAGGUUUCUCAGUUGUACUGGCUGUCCUUGUCCUCCCCUUGCUGUGGGGGUGUCCCCUGUUCAGAGUGUACAGACUUAGAAGGGGGAAAGUCCCUGGGAAAGGGAAGGCUCCCUGAGCUGCCCAUUAUCACUGGAGUGUGGGUGGGGCACACAGUGGCUCAGGAGCCCUGCCAUGGUCACCUGAACUGUGAUGUUAGUCUGAAUGACAGUGCCUUGGAAAGAUGGGCCACAUGCUGCAUGACAGGAUCCUCCAAGUACCUUAACUGUUAGAGUAUCCGUGUUCUCUGCACUUGUCCAGAAGCCCCACGCAUGGGUGGGUGGCUGGGUGGGUACUCCAAGCACUGCCCCUCCACGGCCUCGUGAGCCGCUGGACUGGGCACCCAGUUCUAGGUUGACUCAGUACCCGUCUCACAUCCUUCCACCAGGAGACCAGAUGCAAACAACUGGCAGUUUCUGGGGUGAGGCCAGGGUCGUGUCAGUCUGUGGGUGCAGGGAGGCUGCUCCUGCCUGUCUCCAUCCAGGAGUGACCCUCCCAACACCUCUGUGCCAGCAGGGAUCCCCAAGGCAGCUACCACCUUAACAUCUAGGACCCGGACUGCUUCCUGGUGUGAGAAACUGCCUAGCCACUCCCAGUGUAUUUGCCUUAAAACUGGAGAGAAUCUAGUAUUUGCACUUAGCAAAAGAUUUCAAAGUUAAGAGAAAAGUGCAUGAUUUCACUUUGUACAAAAGAAAAAAAGAAAAAAAAAUGAAGUAGAUGGUUAAAAGUUUUUCUUUACCUUUUGGUAGUAAAAAUAGAGGAACCAAGUCUGUUUAAACUACUGUGUAAAAAGACUGUAUCAUAUGUAACUUGACUUUUGUGUAAAUAAAUGUUUGUGAACGCUU